UGAACUUUUUGCGACCCAGAACUUUUCUUGAAAAACACACAAGUUUGCAAAACCACAACAAUACCGCCAAAAUGCCCAAGUCAAAGCGUUCCAGAGUAGUACACCUCACCAAGACGGACAAGAAGGGCAAGGAGCUUUCGCAAAAGCUCUUCGCCAAUGUCCAAGAGGCUGCUGAGAACUUCGAGCACAUCUUCGUCUUCUCUGUUGAGAACAUGCGCAACUCGUACUUGAAGGAAGUGCGCGCUGAAUUUUCUGACAGCCGAUUCUUCUUCGGCAAGACAAAAGUCAUGGCCAAGGCCCUGGGCACAACGCCCGCUGAGGAGCACCUCACAAACCUCUCCGAGCUCACCAAGCACCUUGUUGGCAACGUCGGUCUCUUCUUCACGAACCGCGAGCCUGCCGAUGUCCUCGAGUACUUCGCUGCGUACUCGCAGACCGAUUUUGCACGCGCAGGCGUCACCGCCACCCACACCUUCACAAUCCCGGCUGGUGUCGUCUACUCGAGAGGUGGUGAGGUGCCUGCUGAGGACGACCUCGCACUGCCUCACAGCGUCGAGACCACUAUCAGGAAGUGGGGCAUGCCCACCAGAUUGGACCAGGGUAAGGUCACAUUGGAUUCGCCUUACACUGUGUGCAAGGAGGGCCAGGUCAUGAACAGCCACCAGACUGCGUUGCUGAAGAUGUUCGGCGUUGCGAUGGCCGACUUCAAGAUCGACAUCAAGGCGUACUACUCGAAGAAGACCGAGGCUAUCAUUGAGGUUGAUGCUAUGGAGGAGUAGAAUUCUUGGCAGGACAACCAUGCAUCUGGGCGGCGUUCAAGAGGCGUUCACAUAGUUCAGGAAAAGUCAAACAAUAGUACCAAUAUACCCUCAUGUUGACACGA